UCUGAUUUCCCUCCCUCACCCUGGUGGUGCGCUUUUGUUCUUUUGUCGUUCUUUUUGACCUCCAUUUCGUCCAUAAUUCUCUCUUUAUCUUGCUGGUCAAUCCCCUCGACGUCCGUGACUCUUUGCCCCACACCCUCUCCUUUCCGCACUCGAAACACGUUUGAGCCGCUCUUCCCGUUACGGCGUCUUUCCGUUAGAGGUGGCUCAUUAUUGCUCGUGCUGAUAAAAAGGACGGUUAUUGUCCUCUGUCCGAAGCUCGUUCCGCUCCUCUUCAUUAUUGACGUCGGUUUCGAGCCAGUAUAUGCGGCUGACGGAUACCUUACGAUCCGCGCCCAACGCCUCCCGCUCAACGAUAAAUAAGAGCUUUUUGCUGUUGCAGCUCUCUUCGUCCUCCUCACACCCGAUUUACGCCUUUACGAUCAUGAACGAAAAGUUGCAACGAAUUGUUACGAGAAAUCCACUACUUCCAUUGGUUGUAGGAUUGCUAGGUUCUGUGUGGUUCGCUCUGAGUAUCCUUUCGUACUGUGUUGGAUUGCUCUUUCCGUCUACAAAGCACAAGUUGCCUCCGUUGUCGCCUCCCAGAAAUAGCGACUCUGCAUCAGAAAGUGCACUGCCAACUUCCAUCCUUGUGGCAGGACAGAAUGUUCACCACCAUGUCACCUUCCCCGAAUCCCCUUCCUCCAAAUCCUCGAAUUCUCGUCCUAAUGCGCAUCACAAGAGAUGGUCAUCACCAGCUGAAUUCUCCAUCUACCAGGCAUCGUCAGCUUCCGAAAGCUCUGCGACACUUGCCUCCAAUUCGUCCGCACGGAAAUUCAGACCCGAUCUGUCGCAGAUUGAGAGCGGUGAUGGCAGCGAUUCGCCGGCGUCGUUAAGCAGCACAUUAGCUGAUGAGAUGUCCUUUUCGGAUUCCAAAGGGUUGAUUUCGCAAAGCCGGAGGUCUUCCUUGACUUCCAUGAUUCCCAACAUCAAGAUGUUCAAGAUGAAGAGCAAGAAGGGCAAGGAGAGUGCCCUUGUUGCAGGCUCUUCAUGUACAUCUUCACCGUUAAGCAUGUCUCCAAUGUCUUCACCGCCCCGGCGGUUGAAGGAAUUGGAAGCUGAUCUCGACAGGCUCAAUCAGCUUUCCCCACCCAAGGCUGGGAGCCCCAGAUCGGGGUUCUCUAACCCUUUUAAAUUCCGGCCUAAGAGGUCCUCAGCGACUGCUAUUAUGUCUGCUGAAUUCGCUUCCAUGGAGAAGCCAACCUUGUUACGGAGUUCCACGCAUGCCUCCCAGAGUUCACAAGGUUCGAUGUCGCCAACAGGCUCUCCAGAGGCAAACUCCGAAACGUCUCUCCCAUCAACAACGUCGUCUCGCAAGAAGCGUUUCACAUCUAUCUUGAGUCUCAACCUCACCAUCGAUGCCUCCAUCCCAUCGCCUAAGCUUUCCUCCCGUACCCCUCGUGGAGAAGGCUCUUCGAAAACUGCCACCGCUUCCAGUGCAACUCCAUCGCAUCGACGCGCAUUCUCUUCCUCCUUCAUACCGCUCACUCCCAACAGUCGGAAGACCCCUAAAACUGCUGGCCCCACCCCACGUACACAGCCGUAUGGAGCUCCGUACUUUGCUCGUAUGCCAACGGGAGAGGUAGCUUCUCCAGUCCGAAGAAAGUCGACGAAUCCUGGGACUCCGUUACGACGAACCUCUCUAGAUGAGACUGUUUUGGAGAUGAAGGAGCCGGAGGAUGAGACUGCGAGUACGCCUGUCCCAGCGACACCUACCAAUGCUCUGGGUCUCUCAAUUCAGCAGACCCGGCAUUUAUCGCGCGCAAAGAGUAUGGGACAUCGACGACUUGCUAGUGAUAGUGCCAUAGUUUAAGCAGAUGGCGUGGCAUAUUUAUUGGAAGGAACGCAAUGUGUUAUCUGGGUCUGGAUCUUCAUAACUUAUCGUAUACAUAGUAGCUUCUUGAUACUCGCAUUCAUAGCAUACCCCACUCACACCAAGGAUACUUACUUCGCAUUUGUACAUGCUUGUUUCUCGUAGAAUAUCCACUCAUAGUUCGUUGUUGUAGGCACACUUUCUUGCACGUGUAACGCACUGUAAAUCCAUCAUGAAUUUCUAAACAAUAAGUCUGCUAAGUACUGUGAAUGUGGUUUUGGGCCCCGCUUGCUACAAGGAUCUCGCCAUAUUUUUGUUGAUUCUCUCUGGUUUGGUGAGAGAAUCAAUGAAAAGUCGAUUUUUAAUUCUUGCAACCAACGGAGCCUCAUUAAUUAUGACUCAAACCGUCGUU